AAAAGCGCGCGUUCCGUAACUUUCUGCUCUCAGACCCCCUGACGCGGGAAAAUAUCUGGGUGCUACUGGGACUUAUCGACCGUUAUCGGAAUGCGAUCGCGAAUUCUCUUGCAGGAAUACAAUCCGAAUUUAAUAGGCUAUGGGCUUGGGACUUCCUUGGCUUUUGAGGAGGCUGCGCAGUUGAACGUCGCUGAAGACGGCGCGAUAAGUAGAGACAUGCCCUUUAUGGCCAAAUAUCUGAUCAGGAAGAUGAGGCGGGAUCCUAGGAUAGAUAUAAGAAAACAUUGGAAGCUAAUCUACAUAUUUAUAGGCCACAAUGACAUCUGUACCGAUUCUUGUUACGUGCCGCGGAUAUUGGACGUCGUGGAAAAUCACAGAACGGAUCUGAUCGAGACCCUGAGGAUACUGAAGAAUAAUUUACCGAGGACUCUCGUUAACAUUAUAAUGACAGCUAACUUGAAGACGCUGUCGGAAGAAGCAAAUGAACGAAGAACGUUAGAGUGCUAUUUUUUGCCACGAGUAGAGUGUCCAUGUUUAUUCGGACUCCCACAUCAACACCGAAGGGCAGAAAUCUAUGAUGUACUUAGAAGGUUCCAUGAAGUGGAAAUGGAGGUUAUACGUUAUCCAGAAUUCAAUAGCAAAGAUUUCACGGUGGUAUCUUCUCCUAUAGUUUCCAAUUCCUAUAUACCGCGUACAUGUGACGGACGUAGGGAUUUGUCAUAUUUCUCCAUUGACUGUUUCCACAUAAGCCAGAAAACUAAUGCAAUGUUUGCCAACGGUCUGUGGAACAACCUGUUGGAGCCAAUUGACAACAAAACCGACUCUUGGGGUCCGCUGUUCGAAAAAUUUUUGUGUCCCACACCGGAGAGGCCGUUUAUAGUAACGCGAGAAAAUUCCCAGAUGAUGUUUGGUACUUCAUAGCAAGAUAUGUAAAAUAUUGAACGAAGUAUCUCUUGUACCGAUGUCGACGAGUUGGCGCGCGAAGAGAAAAAAUCAACAAAAAUCUGCUGACGCUCAGCUGACGCCAAACCGCCAUUUGCAAUCGGUGUACAUUUAAGAUGGCGCCCAAAAGUACAAUACCGAUGUUAACCCACGAGUUGGCGCACGGAGCCGACGUGUUUAGAAGAGCUAGUCAGAAUAGAAAAAUGGACGCCUCACACGUAUUUUCGGCGGAACAAUUGGCUCUCGCCGGUCACGCGCACCGAUUAGGCGAAAAACAAUGAGAGUCGGCAAACGUCUCUCGAGUGAGCGAGAUAGCCAUUGCCUUCUGCAGUUGUUGUCAUUAUUAUUCUUAUGCGCCGAAAUGUAACUGGAAGUGUUCACGGUGAGGAGCUUCUUUUACUUUGGGUCACGCGCCAUCUCGUGGGUUAUCUGUAUGUCGAUUGUCGACAUCUGAAGCUGUCUAAAAUUUGAAGGUAUCGUGUGGACAGUUACCGAGAGCACCUAUCUAAAGUCUCUUUCAAAUGGGACAUAAACUUCCAUGUGGACACUUAUCAAGAGCUAUCUAAAACUUGAAGCCGUCCAUCUGACUCGUGGGUUGACAUCGAUACCUAUUUUCUCACGGUGUGAAAAUAGGUCAUGUGUGAUAAUUUAUAAUAGUCGAUUCAAAAUGCGAUUUUACCUGGCGAUAGUAUUUAUUUGUACAGCGCGUUUAUUCUCACUUGAUGGGAAUUCGAAUCGAGAGUCCACUUGGGGAAACUAAAUGAAACAGGAAAUAUUAAUCUGCCUAUUUUAUUCAGUAUGUGGGUCGUUGAACCGUAGCAAUGUGGUAACUUGUGACUAAAAGAUCUUUUGCUUAUAUGGGAACAUUGUGAAAGUGGGCUCGAUAUAUUUCGCGAACCACUCAAUUUAAAUGUCAAAGACUAUGCCAAAAUUACACUCUUCGAUUUUAUCUCUGUUUAUGUAGGCACCAUUCGAGGAGUUUUGGGUAUAUGGGAAGGCAGAUUUUUUAGAAUUUGGGAAUUUGUGAAAUUGGGGAUUUGAAAAUUGGCA